AUGGGGGCAGAAACAUUUCGAAAGCGGCCCAAACACCUACGAAAGGGGCUCCUUGCAAAUCUAUUAAGAUGGUUUUGCUCAGUUCUCUUCGUCGUAGCCAUCUAUGUGGUGCUCUGGCACUUCUCCCAGCAGGAUGUCAUGACGACAGAAACAAAGAGAGAGUUUAAUGCCCUCAUCAUUGGCCUUUCUCUUGGCCUUGGUAUGAGUAUAACCAUAUCUCUGGAGGCUAUGGCCAAAGAGAUUAGGUGGUGGAUUCUCGAGCUUCGAGACUGGCCAAAACGAGAAAUUGAACUGAUUUUGAAAGCCAAAGAUUUGACCAAGAUCAUCCAGCUUACCUGGGAAUCUGGCUCACGCUCCAUACGCUGUUACGCCAUCACUUUCAUUCUACUCAACCUUGUAUCCCAGAUUGCUUUGGCCAUGUUGGGUCUGGUUUACUCCACGAACACAGCUGACUCGGCUGCGAUUCUCAAACCUGGCAACGUCACUGUAGCAGACUUUUCCGAUUUGGAAACAACUAGGGUUCUAUCGUCCAAGUCCCAAGCUCUGGGCGCGCUGCGAUACACUGCAAACAGUUGGAAAGUCACAAAAGGGGGCGGUGGGAAUGAGACGAGCGUCACAGUAGCAGACAAUGACCGAACGGAGGUCAACAUUACUGCUAUGAAUGGCGUCAACCAAACAACAUUCAUGUUCGAUGCCGCAAGAGACCAGGGCUCAACUUGGAGUGAAAUCACAGCCUUCGAAGCCUCAGAAUCGAGCCCAUGGUUCUACCGCUGUAACGUCAGUUUUGGGCCUGUCAUCAAUGCUUAUCGUAAAGAACACGUUCUUGGUGUUAACAUCACUUCGUUGGCAUCGUCAGCAAUAGCUCUCCAAGGAUAUGGAGCUUCUUCACUGGGUCCCACCAACAGCGAUCGGCAAUUCCAAAGUUACCCUGCCGAGUCGACAUACGGGGCACCUGCGAAUGGUGAUACGGAUAACAUGGGGGCACUGGUAGCAGCUUUUGCGGCGGGUGUUGUAGCUGUCGUUGGCCAAGCCGCCAGCACUCUCGUCAUACCCGGACUUCAACCUCAGAACGGAGUUGUGCUGGAGAUAUCUAAGUGGGCGUACGUUCAUCUUAUUCUAGGGCUAAGUCUGGCUGUACAGCUACUUCUGGGCGUUGGGGUUGCGAUACUGUCAAAUAUAUAA